AUGAUGGAUAAGUUCUGUACAGCAGUUGGGCCUCAGGACGAGAAAACCGAAGGUCGGAAACUUUCUUCAAAAGAUUUCGAAGCUAUUUUAAAUGAAAUCAAGAAACCAUUCAAGAAUCCUGCACCAAGAGGCAAGCAAAUUAUCGAUCCGGACCAAGCCCGCUAUCUCUACUUCGACAUAACUCAAGAGAAUGCAUCUGGAAGCCAAGAUUCAACCCUCUCAAAGUCACUGGUUGAGAAAUCCAUGGCUGAUACUACUUCUUGUUCCACACCUCUCAGAGAAAGUAUGGGGCCGAAAGAAGCUGAACGUCGUGCUCGAAGGCUUGAAAUGCUACGCGAACGCCAGCUGCAGUACCAGAAGCAAGAACUAAAUCUUGGUGGUUACCAUGAUGUGUUCAAUGACACUUGUCCUGAAUUCAAGCGUCGGGUAGCCUCGCAUGAAGAUUCUGUAAUGACAUCGGAUGAUGAAGCAGUGAAAGCAACGCAGAUUGAUGCGGCUUCUGGUGACUCGAAUAUUGUACGGUCGUCGCAAGGACGCGUGGGACAAGGCUGUUCCACUCCACAGAACAUAGCCGAUCAUACUUUCGGUCCAUUGCGUACCAUUGAUAUUUCUGUGGUCAACAAUCGAGAAUCUACAUCUACUGAGGGAACGAAGAAGAUGGCUGGGAAAACUUCAACUAGAGUUGCUGGUUCUGCUCAGUUGGUUCCACCCAGUGCUCAUAAUGAUUCACUGGAGAAUGUGCUGUCGAAGAUGCGAGUUACACCGAAAAAAGUCAGUCGUGUUGUCAGAAGAGGAGCAUUCACUAGGUUGGAGAAUAACUUGGAGGAGAAAGAUUCGCAGAAACUUCCAACGUAUGAUUUUGGAUCUGCAGUAAAUAGUAAUGCAUCUGCUGAACGGACAUCUCAAACGAACUUUGAGUCGCAUCAAAGUGCGGGUGAUGCACCAAUCGUGGUCGAAAAAAUAAAUAAGACGUUCGUGAUCGAAAAAACAAAUAAGGCGUUCGUGAUCGAAGAAAAUCCUAAUGCCGGAAAAAACCCGGACAUUUUGGAUACGGAACGAGAUAUACCCAACGCUCCUCAAGCUAACAAUACCAACUCUGCCGACGUGGUGUUUGCGGUACCAGUGGUUCCAACGAAAACAUCAAAAGGUUCCGUCAAAACAACUCUUCACCAACGAGAGGAGCGAGCGAAUAACUCUGAGAAAAAGAACACUUCCAUUUUGGAAACGAUGGAUCUGGAUUUGCGUUCGCCCGGACGUACAUUAUUUGCGUCUUUUCCUCCUAAUAAGAAGCGUAGCUUGGCCACGACACCCGUCAAAGCGACUUCAUCGCACAAUGGAGAUGCAAUGGAAAUUACAAUUGAGAUGUCUGAUAUAAGUCAGCAGCCAUCUGUCGAGUCUGGUGACGAUUCAGUGGUGGAUCCAGUAACAGAUCCACGACCAACUGAGGCAACUCCUUCUCGCGUAAUUCGGCCUUGCACUACCUCAUCGAAUAUUCCUGUGACACCAGUGAAUAGUGCUAUGACUUCAUUUCGUCGUCCUGAUACUAAGUUGAGUGCUAGUCAAAGAAAGGAGAUUAUACAGAGAAGUGUUGAACGUUUGUCGCAGCCCCGCUCAGGAGGCCAUUGUCCAAGAGUUACUGAACGUUGCAAGAGUGUCGAAUGUUUGUCGCAGCCCAGCAUAGGAGGCCGUUGUCCAAGAGUCACUGAACGAUGCGAGUCAAACGACCGCAUAUCUCCUUAUCCUAGCACAACAGGCAAUGGGGCUCAACCUGUAACACCGUUCGAACCAAUCGAUCCGUACCGCAUGUUCGCUCCUCAUGCUGGUCGAAGUGGUACUGCUCGACGGGUUCCUCCGAUUAAACGCCGAACUGUCUUAUUAGCUAGAAGUUCUCUUUUUACACAUGAUAUGGAGGCUAUAUCAAGAACUGUCGAAGACAAAUCAGGUGGUACAAAAGCUGCUGUUGUUCCUGUCGAGGAUGAACAAAUAGCUACGUCGCUUAUUCCACCAGAGCGCGAUGAAUGUAACAACACAGCACUAAGUGUAGCUAAUAAUCCAGAGGCAGUCGGGGAUACUAACGAAAAUAUUCUCUUGGAUGCUACCCGACGUUUAAGUCUGAGAGAGGCAUCACCUUUGAAAAUGACUAGUGCCGCCGAAGAUGGUUUUAUGUUAAACGGAAAGGCUGGAAAUUGUCAAAGCGAAGGACUGCUCAUGGACAGUGUAUUCUCAACGAACACACCUGGUCAUAGCUCACUAGGGACCGCUAAACGCAUGCUCAGUGAAUCCGAACUGGAAACGGAUUCUAGUUCAGCAACAGUUGAAGCAGUCUUCCCUGGCCAUAACUCAAAUGAUUCGGCUAACGUCGAUAUACCUGGAGUUAGCACUGAGUAUUGUAAAAGUGACAAUGUCAUGAUACUGAGACCACGGAGUAUUGGUACAUUUCAUUCCGUUAAGAAGAACAGAGAACUUUUAAGAGGAAGAACUCUGGUUGGCGUAACUGAAGUUGAAGUGAGAGACAAACGUUGGCUUAAAUUUAAGACGGCGGACUUUAGACUGGCAAAAGAAAGGGAGCAGCAGCUAGCUGCUCAUCGACGAUUUCUGCGAGAGAAAAGGAAAGAAGAGGCUCGUGAGCGUAAGCAGUGUCGUCUUCUCGACCUUCAAUCACGUCACGAAAGAGGCAUGGAUCUAGACAUUACUGCUGACUCGAUCGUAACGAGCUCUGACGACGAAGAUUCUAACCACUAUAUUACUGAGGAAGCGGUUUAG